AUGACCUCUCUCAUUCUGACCGAAUCCAUUGAUGGAGGGAAAGCGGAGCCGGGCGCGGGCGUGGGGGAGGGUCGGGACCGCGGCUGGCAGGCUCUGGGAGCCCGGGGAGGAGGCGGAGGCGAGCGGGGAGAGCGCCGGGCGCCCCCGGGGCCAGCCGAGCGUCCAGCUCCUGCGGACCGCUUAGGCGCGGGAAGGGAACCCCGCGGCCUCCCACCCUUGCAGGCUGCAGCGGCCUCUGCACUGUGGCCCGGGCCGCGCGUUCUCGAGGCCACCAGGGCCCUGCGGUCCUCGAGGGCGCAGCGCAGGCCCAGGUCCAGUCUCUCCAGGCCCUGCUUGCUCCGAGAACCGGGGCCAGCUCUUGGGCCGAGGCGUCCCCUCCGACCUGGCCCCGCGGUCCUGCGCAGGGAAAAAGAUCAUAUUGGUUGUGCUGCUAAUCUUUGCGUGACUUUGAGGUGUAAGGCGCCCGGCUAUUUGGACAAGAUAAAGGUGAAGUUUGUGCCCCCCCACCGCCGUCCUCUCGGAGCCUAUGGUCUAACGGCGAGAUCAGACGGACACAGUGACCCACAGGCAACCCCCAUCUUGUCACCGUGGAGGGGAAGAGCAGGCUGGGCAGAGAGCAGGACUGGGUUGAGAGUUCUUCGAGCUGCUUCGCGUGCCCAAGCUAUCCACCUCAACUUACUGAUACGGGAGAGAAUGGAACCUCCUAUUUAA